ACCGUUUUUUCCAUUUCACAGAUGAGGAAACUGAAGCCGAUCCAGGGCUCAACCCCGCAUCUGGUCAGAUUUCGGAGGAUGCACUGUGAGCUCUACACCAUUCUGCAGCCUCCCGAAGUCCUGCCGGUCAAGGUCACCGCAGUGCACCACUGCGAGGAGCGCCUUUCCCUCCGCGGCCCGAGCGAGCGAGCCCGGUGAGGUCUAGUCUCUCCAGCACACGCCCCGCCCGGUCCUAGGCUCACGGCUCAAUCCAUAGGGAGUGGCCGGCUGAGGCACCGCCAACCCGGGUCCUGAGGACAUCGUUUCCUCCCUCCUUCCCUCUUAAUCGAAGGAAUGAGGCCUUCGCCGCCAUCGGGUUAUCUGUUUGUUUGCUCCUUGUUUUGUUUUUAAAUCUGUGAUGCGCCAUCAGGACAAUCAUUUCCGCUUCUGCGGCGGGUGAGGCUCUCGGACAGGUCCCCUCCCAGCCAAUGGAGAGCCGCGGAUCCGGCAGGGGGCUGUGCUGUUCGGGCAGCCCUGCCCCCACCGACCCACCCCGCACACAAAAGCGGCGUAAUUAACCAUCUUACGGAAGCCGAGCCUCUGACGGCUGCGAGCUGGAACGCAGAAUAUACCUGAGAGUCACAGGCUGCGACGAUGACCGGGCACGCCGCUGCCUCCGAGCGCGGGGGAGCCGACAGCUAGCUGCACACCGCUCGCGCCCCGGGACAAAAGCGCCCUCCGCGCCCGCCACGUCGCUCGGGGUGACCUUGCUUGGAUGCAGAGUCCGCCCCUGCGCGCAUCUUCCUCGGAUGCUCUGAGAGCCCGCGGACGGGCGGGGAAGACCGGGGAUGCCGGGCUGCAGCCGCGCAGGGCUCGCCUUUGUCUGCGCGUAACCGGGAGAGGCCUCGGAGGGAACCAGCACUCACCGCGGAGAACUCAUCCCUGCUUCAAGCCACACUUGAUCCCAUGGGGACAACAGAAGCCACACUCCGGAUGGAAAACGUGGAUGUGAAGGACGAAUGGCAGGAUGAAGGUCUUCCCAGGCCACUCCGGGAAGAGACGGGGAUGGACGCGCUUGGCAGCCCAGCAGAAGACACGUCCUCCCCUCCCAACACGCUGAACUUCAACGGAGCCCACCGCAAGCGAAAGACGCUGGUGGCCCCGGAGAUCAACAUCUCCCUGGACCAGAGCGAGGGCUCCCUGCUGUCGGACGACUUCUUGGACACCCCCGAUGACCUGGACAUCAACGUGGAUGACAUCGAGACCCCCGAUGAGACGGACUCGCUGGAGUUCCUGGGGAACGGCAAUGAGCUGGAGUGGGAAGAUGACACCCCCGUGGCCGCUGCCAAGAACAUGCCGGGGGCCAGCGCGGAUCUGUUCGGGGACGGCACGGCUGAGGACGGCAGUGCCGCCAACGGGCGCCUGUGGCGGACAGUGAUCAUCGGAGAACAAGAGCAUCGCAUUGACCUGCACAUGAUCCGGCCCUACAUGAGGGUGGUGACCCACGGAGGGUACUAUGGUGAAGGUCUCAGUGCCAUCAUCGUCUUUGCCGCCUGCUUCCUCCCAGACAGCAGCUCUCCCGACUACCACUACCUCAUGGAGCACCUCUUCCUGUACGUCAUCAGCAGUUUGGAACUCCUGGUGGCAGAGGAUUACAUGAUCGUGUACCUGAAUGGUGCCACCCCCCGGCGGAGGAUGCCGGGCAUCAGCUGGCUGAAGAAGUGCUACCAGAUGAUCGAUAGAAGGUUACGGAAGAACCUGAAGUCCUUAAUCAUCGUCCACCCGUCCUGGUUCAUCCGCACUGUGCUGGCCAUCUCCCGCCCCUUCAUCAGCGUCAAAUUCAUCAACAAGAUCCAGUAUGUGCACAGCUUGGAAGAGCUGGAGCAGCUCAUCCCCAUGGAGCACGUGCAGAUCCCAGACUGCGUGCUACAGUAUGAAGAGGAAAGGCUCAAGGCCAGGAGAGAAAGCGCCUCGUCAUCCCUGCCACCUCUCUGUGUCCCCAGCACAAGGCCGCAGCCGGAGCUGGUCCUGCCCAGGUCGGAAGAGAAGCCAGAGGCAGCGCCUGCGGAGCACAGGUCUGCUCCGGUCACAGAAGAUCAGGAGACAAGCAUGUCCUGAGGUGAUGAGAGAACAGAGAAGAACACGAAAGAAAAUACCAGAUGCCAAGAAACCUCUGUCCGAUGCCCUCUGGCCCUGGAUCUCAUCCCACCUCAUCCUGAAUCCCAGUCCUCGGAGGGUGCCUGUCUCCUCCACCCACCUCUGAAACCCAGCAUCCUUUUUAGCUGCUUGAACACGUUUUUGUAAUGAUGCAGUAGAAGUGCAUUCGGGAAAAGAACCCGGUUCUCAGCCCUCCACCCUUCCAGACUCAUGAGCUCACAGCCAAGAAGAGAGAGAAGCACAGGGCAUGGCCCAUGUGUCCUCUGGCCUCCGAGUCCCAGCCACUCCACAAAGUCCUGCUUUAAGACCCUUCUCUUGCUGGACACUGGCCCAGGUUGGAGCCAUAGAUGCCCCCCACCCCCCACCCCCCGGCUCCCUGGCCAGACCUGGAAUUCGUUCUUGUGCCUUUCCUCCCAGAAUGGCUCCCGCAAUCCUGGGCGUCUGGCCAGGAGGCUCAGCCCCCAACAGAGCUGUGCCCUGGGCACCUUCAACCUCAUGGCUUUUCAUUUGAAUGGCCCCCUUUUUCUCUGAUGACAUCGACGUGGGAGCAUUGGAGCCCACAGCACACGUGAGAGCUGCCACUGGUCAUCCUUGUCCUCCACCCUCUCGAUCUAGAACUUUCUCAAGCCCCUUUAAAGCAGGCGCCAUGCCACAGGGCCAUCGAUCAAUACCUCCAAAGGGAAUGAGCUGCCCCCACUUCUCCAAUCCCUCAACACAGACUUGGGAUGUGCCCCUUGGAUCCCCACCAAGAGCAGAGGCUGAGAAGCCGACUCUGAAAUAAGCUCAUCCUGGAAACACAGACCAAGAAAAAGGAAGAAACAGGGUAUGGGUGUUCGUUUGUUUCAAAGGUCACCUGGGGAUAUAAGUUCCAGUGGGCCGGCUGCUACAGCCACCUGCAUGCAAAGGAGACAGACUUUUCUAUUAUGGUCCAAACACCAGUCAGGUGGCCUCUAGAGGUAGUGAGUUCCCCGUCUCGGGGGGUAUUUAAGAAAAGGCUGGACAAUGCUUGCAGAAAAUGGUCCUCGGUGCCCCCUCCAACCCUAAGAGUCUCUAUUUCUAUGAAUCUGGGCAAACGUUGAGCAGGCACACACCCCGGGCCCCUCUUUCUGGCUCUGAAGCUGGUUCCUUAGCUGGUUGUCGUCAAGGUUCAGUUGAGCCACCCCAGUUUCCGAGUAUGAGGUUCUUGGCCUCAGUAGAAAUGUCUGAUGCUUCUCGACCUGGCAUGGCAGGGGCUGCGUUUAGAGCUCUCCCAACAAGAGGGAGCUAGUGGCAUUGAGCACUAAGAAAAGGGAUGCCCAGCGCUUUGCCGCAUCAAGGAAUUGUCCCAACGCCAGCCGCUCCUGCCUUGAAAAAUGCCAGGUUUCUGAGCUGCUUUGGGCCUGCAUAUUCUGGGACCCAGCAUUGCCCUCAAGAGGCCAGGACAUCUGGGCGCCCAGUGGGGUUUUGUAACUUGUAGUUCUGCUCUUUCCCAAAUGUCGAAUAAAGAACAGGGACCUUGUUCUGGGCCCAGGUGCCUCACCUGGAGCCUGAGGCAGCAGAGGUUGGUGGAUGGGCCUCCCUAGACUGCCCUCCACAAGGCCCCUCUAUCCCAGGCCCUAAACUCCAGGUUCAGGUGGCCAGCCUUGCUCAUCUGAGACCGACAUGGUCCUGAAAGGCCCAAACUCCCACCCCAGUGAAUGCAGUAACUCCUGGAAGGCCGGUGCCUUGCUGCAAG